ACCGCAUCUCACGAUAAUUUGCUUUUCAGUGCAUCAGAGCAAACAGUUCCGCCCAACGCAGCUUCGCCUAAUAACAAUCAAUCAAUCAUCCCUGUCUGACUAAUAGCUUCGGCUUGCUCCCCCGCUCUACAGCAAUUUCAUCCCACAUCCGUCACAAUGGGCAACGGCGCCAAGGCACAGCAGAAGCGUGAGCGCAACAAUGAGAAGGGCGGAAAAGCUGCCAAAUCGCAGCUCAAAGUGAAUGCCCAAGCUAUGGACAUCCAGUGCCAGAUCUGCAAGUCGACAUUCUUGAAGACCACAAAGGCUCCCGCACUUCUGGAACACGCCCAGAAUAAGCACAGCAAGGGCUUGCCCGAGUGUUUCCCGACUUUCGUCGCCAGCUCAUAGUGGAGAAUGAUUCAUUCUGACCGUAUAGAAAAACUGGGUGUUUGCCAGGCUGCUGGCAAGGCGAAGGGAGUUUGGUCUGGAAGCGAAGCAUUAUAGCGCUGAUACGGAGUAUUUGGUUCACAAAACACAAUGA